GAGCUGCUUUUGGCUGCAAAGUGGGCGGAGCUAAACAAAGUUCCGUUCCCGCCCAUCGACCCUACCGUGGUGGAGAGGGAGGGGCUAAAAGAGUGCUACGUCUUCAAGCAUCCGUGGGACCCCAACUGCCCCAUCGUCCUGCACUUUUGUUUGAUCAACAUCAACUUUAAGCGGGAGAUCAGACCAGGGUUAGCGAGACGUACCCAGGAAGAGCUGGACUUCGGAAACUUCAGCGUCUUUGACGACCCCGCGCGGCCUUACUCCACCUUCAAGUUCACGUACACGCACCAGGAGUUCCAGCGGCUCUCUCAGCUGAUGGAGUACAACACGCUCCUCUGUAGGGACAUCAUCUACGACAACAUCAAAGUCUGCAUCAAGCGACGCCGCAGAUUCUCCAUCCGACGCCCCUGCAAGAAGAACGACAUCGCUAGGCUUAGUCUCAACAGCAGAGUGAAAGCGGAGAAACUUCUGGAAUACAUCAACAUGGUGGAGGCGGUGAACAGAGAGGCCCAGAAGGAAGACAAGGAUCAUAUUGAUGGAGGGGCGGUGAAGUCAGCUCGGCCUUCAAGCUCUCCCGUUUUCUUCCCAGAGGAGGGUGGUAGAGGAGGAGGAGGACGUGAAGGGGACGAUCACGACCAGGUGGAGAUAAGGAACCCGAAACUCCAGAGGUCGACCGUGAGUCUUCGCGCCAAUAUGAGGAAUCGAAACAAACGGUUAGACCUUCCAAACAUGGAUGAAGUCGAUGAAGGAGUGGAGGAACAGGAUGAGUCGUCCUCUGACUCGUCCUCAUCGCGUCAUCACCCUCCGGCGAAUGGCAAAAAGACGCUCUCACGUUCUCGCCCUGUAAGCGCCUCCAUGAAAGCUUCGUUCGACAUGGCGUCGGAUAAAGACGACAAACACAAAAUCCCGGCCAUGAUCGAGAACCUUCGGAUCGCUCGCAAAGACACGAUCAAUGACGAGAAUGGCAACACUCAGAAUGGUUCGAGCUCUUCAGAGCGAGCCAAAUCGCCAAACUUGACCCAAACAACUGACAAUCAGGCAGGUUCUCCACAUCAUGCUGCAUUGCCAGCGGAGUCUAAUGGAGAAUCUUCUAACAGUAGCAACGGAAAAUCGAACAAUAACUCGGGCGAAGCGGCUAAUUCUUCCAACGGUCGGCACGAACGUGCCAGAAACAGUUUUCCCGAUAUUGUCGUCAUGGCCAGAAAAGCGUCUGCAGACCAAACAGAACACGACGUGAACCCGUUAGAAAAGUGGAUAGACGCUGCUGAACGAGUCACCGACUUGUAGCGGGGACCCGGUUUGUUUUAGUCAUCGUUUUACGACCCUUGCAACGCAACUAGAUUAUACAAGUGUCGUUGGUUAGAGGUGUUACAAGAGAGUAACCAACAUGCAGAAAAAGAAGGAAGGCUGAGAAAAACAGAUGAUUGACAAGAAAGAAGGAGCAAACCAUACCAGUCAGAGCACUCACUAACCACCACAGGCUCGGUUUUAAAAUCUUAUACAUGAACAGUUUGUCUUUUAUCGGUAUUGGAAUCCCGUUCCAGUGUAAGCAAGCGAAGACAUGCAAUAUAAACUCAAGACAGUUUCAAUAAUUAAUUAUGAAUGAAAACAAGUCCAAACCACAGAAAUAGAAUCGUCUCAAUGUCAAACAGUUUGUGUAAAAUAUUGUUUUAAAGAGCUGAUGUGUGGUCGACGCUUCUAUACGAUAUGGUUGUGAAUGCUGGACACUAACCGAAGACAGCGACAAUAAAGCAAGAAGCACCGUGGUUUCCUAGGAGUUUGUUGUAGUUUUCAUAGAAGGAAAAAUUUUUUUUUUUUUUAAGAUAGAUCUAGUGAAAAGAAGCCCGCGUGAGCUUCUGACUUGUAAACAAAUCAGUGAAAAUGUGACAAUAAAUGCAAAAGUUCUCUUGAAUCAC